AAAGUCUACUAGUUGAGAAACUCAACUCAACCUGCACGAACAUGGGUGGCUUCUUGAACCAGAUACGAAAGACAGAAUUUUCCAAUUUUCUCUAUCUAAUCCUGGUGGUAUAGCAGUAAUUUCUGAGAUGUACACCUGGCCAUGGACAUUUUUCUUCCUAUAAAUCCUCUUCUCGAGCUUCUCACUCAUCAUCAUCAAUCUCUUUGUUGAUCUCUGUCUGCACAAAUUAUCACCUCAAAGUUUCAGAAAUGGCAUCAAAGAGCAAGACUCUGAUCAUCGGAGGAACUGGGUACAUCGGAAAACACAUAGUGGAAGCCAGCGCAAAGUCUGGUCAUCCAACUUUUGCUCUUGUGAGAGAGUCCACUCUCUCUGGCCCUGCCAAGUCCACCAUCAUCGACAAUUUCAAAAGCCUUGGCGUCAAUGUCCUCAUUGGAGAUUUGUGCUAUCACGAGAGCUUGGUGAAGGCAAUAAAGCAAGUAGAUGUAGUGAUCUCCACAUUAGGUCAAGGUCAAAUACCUGAUCAAGUGAAGAUCAUCGCUGCCAUUAAAGAAGCUGGGAACAUUAAGAGAUUCCUCCCUUCAGAGUUCGGAAAUGAUGUGGAUCAUGUCCACGCUGUUGAGCCAGUAAAAUCAGCAUUUGACGAUAGGGUUAAAAUCCGACGAGCUAUUGAGGCUGCGGGAAUUCCAUACACCUAUGUGGUUUCCAACGUUUUUGCUGGGUAUUUGCUUCCGAGUUUCAACCAGGUUGGAGUGACAGCUCCUCCAAGAGAUAAAGUUGUCAUAUUGGGUGAUGGAAAUCCCAAAGCAAUUUUCAACCAGGAAGAUGACAUAGCCACCUAAACUAUCAAAGCUGUGGAAGAUACAAGAACCUUGAAUAAGAUCCUCUAUAUUAGACCCCCAGCCAAUAUCUAUUCAUUCAAUGAUCUUGUGUCCUUGUGGGAGAAGAAGAUCGGCAAAACCAUUGAAAGAAUCUAUGUUCCUGAGGAACAACUUCUCAAGACCAUUCAAGAGGCGGAGUUCCCAUUGAAUGUAAUAUAUGCACUUGGACACUCAGUGUUUGUGAAGGGAGAUCAGACCAAUUUUGAGAUAGAGGCAUCAUUUGGGGUGGAGGCUUCAGAGCUUUACCCUGAGUUCAAAUACACUACAGUGGAUGAGAACCUUAAUGUCUUUGUCUGAGUCUGAGUCUCAGUCCUUUCUAGUUUCUAAAUUAUAAGUCCAUUCCCAUCCAUCAAUAACCAUGCAGUUCCCUUCUUGGACUUCCUAUUGCGAGUUGUUUUUUAAUUAAUUAAUUAAUUAAUUGAUGUUUUUGGCUUUCAUUGGAUUCAAUCUUUUCAAUGCUCUCUGUAAAAAGGUCUCUUGCAUAUCUUUGUUUAGGCAACAUUAUUUUUCAGAUCAAUCGGUUCAUGUCCGGAAAAUUCUUCUUUCAA